AUGGAAAACUUGUUGGAGAAGAACAAGACUGAGAAAAGGCUAGAUAGCUGCCUGACAACUUUAGAGGAGGAUCUACUGAACAGAGAUCGCCAAAUAGAUCUCUUAAACGAAGAAAGAAAUUGGAAGCGUGAGAAAAAAGAUCUAGAACAUCAAAUUGAGAUCGCUCUCCAACACGGAAAGGAAAUGGAAAACUACCUUGAAAUAGCAAAGGCCAGAGCAAAUGAGAUGGACAGAUACUUGGCCUCAUUACAAGACUAUGAAGCAAAGCUUAGAGAUUGCUUUGCUGUGGAGGUAAAGAAGAGGGAUGAGCAGAUACAAGAAAUUGCCGACAAACUUGAGGCUUCUUUCCAUUAUGGAAAGGAGAUAGAAAACUUUGCUAUAAAAGAAAAGGCCAGAGCAGAUGAGUUGGACAGAUACGUGACCUCCUUACGAGAAUUUGAAACAAAGCUUAGAGAUAGCUUUGCUGCUGAGGUCACGAAUAGAGAUAAGACGAUAGAAGAGAUGGCCAGCAAAAUUAAGGCUACUCUCCAUUAUGGACAGGAGAUGGAAAACUUUGCUAUAAAAGAAAAGGCCAGAGCAGAUGAGUUGGACAGAUACGUGACCUCCCUACGAGAAUUUGAAACAAAGCUUAGAGAUAGCUUUACAGCUGAGGUCAAGAAUAGAGAUAAGAAGAUAGAAGAGAUGGCCAGCAAACUUGAGGCUACUCUCCAUCAAGGCGAGGAAAUGGAGCAUUUGUUGGAAUAG